CAGGGGCGGACUGACCAUUUGGAAACUAGGGCACUGCCCGAGGGCCCAGGGUCAGUAGGGGGCCCCAUGAGAUGCCCCUGGUACCUUUUUCAUAGGCUUUUUCGAGUUUGGGCAAGGACACAGGGGCCCCAUGAUCCCCUAUUGCCCGGGGGCCCCAUGAGUUGUCAGUCCGCCCCUGAGUACUGCCUAUCAGUGCCCUUUAGUGCUGCCUAUCAGUGUCCAUCAGUGCCGCCUAUCAGUGCCCAUCAGUGCUGCCUCAUCAACGCACAU